AUGGACGUUGAACCCCUAUCAGGCUCCCUCCUCAGCAGCGCCGCCACCACCCCCACCGCCGCCGCCGCCGCUGCCGGCGCCGCCCUUGGCGCCCGAACCGGCAGCUGGGGCCUCGGCGGCUCGCUGGACGGCUCGGCGCACCCGCCGCGCGGCGGCGGCGCGACGUCGCCGGCUGGGCAGCAGCAGGCGGAGGCCGCGGGGCUCGCCCGCACGCUGUCGCUGGUCCAUCACGGCAGCGGCCUCGUGACGGCCACGUACUUACUCGAGCCCUCCGCCCACGGCGGCUCUCAGAACGCAGCCGCCGCCGCCGCCGCAGCCGCUUCCGCGAACCCGUCGGCGAGGGGCCGCGGCGGCAGCGCGCACGGGGGCGGCUUGUUUUACGAGGGCUCCGCCCACGGCGGGCAGGAGCUGUUCAAGAAGGCGGCCGAGGCCGCGGCCAGCACGCGCCAGGAGCGGACGUGGCACGCGGGCUCCGCGUUCGGCGGCGGCGACAGGAGCGUGCGCAACGGCGGGGCGGGCGCGGCGCCGCCGCUGACGGCGCUCGAGGAGAAUUAG